AUGGAUUUUAACGAUUUAGUCUUUGCAUGUCCAAAAGCUAGUUAUGAUUAUAGUCUUUAAGGUUUAUACUUCAUAGAAGAAGAAAUUCAUUAUCAUAGAAGUCGUUCAUUAAUGCAUUUGAAUGAAUUGAAAACAUUAAAUGGUACAAUAAAGGUGACUCUAAAUUAAUCUGAGACAUCUAGACAAUUAAAUUAAAAUAAGUAAACUAAAAGAAUAGUUACUCUUUUAUAAUUGGAAGAAUAUCUUAAAAAUGGAAUUAUUGUAUAUUUUCAUGCAAAUGCUGAAGAUAUAGGAAUGUGUAAAUCCCUUGCAUUUUUACUUGGUGUUGAAUUGGAAGUAUUUCAAUGAUACUAUAAAAGAUGGCAUCAAUUUGUAUGGAAUAUUCAGGUUAUGGAAUAUAUCAAGGAUAAUCUUCAAGUGAUAUCAUUAUUAAAGAUGCUUAUUAAAUGAUAGAACAUUUAAUUAACAAUCUUAAAGUUCAUGAAUCUAAUAUAAUUAUAAUGGGUAGAUCAAUUGGAACUAGUAUUGCUGUUGAAAUGAGUAUUAGAUAUAAAAAAAUACGAUCGCUUAUUUUGGUAAGUCCAUUUACAUCUCUUUGCGAUGUAAUCAAAGAAAAUAGUUUUGAUUGGGUAUCCAAAUUAGUUAAAGAACGCUUUAGAAAUUUAGAAAAAAUGCAUAAAGUACAAUGUUCUACAUUAUUUAUUCAUGGUAUAAAUGAUAAAUUUAUUUCUUAUUAACAUUCAAUUUAAUUAAUGAGUAAGUGCAGUGGAUUUGUUCAUUUAUAAUUAUUUGAAGGAAUGACACAUAAUCACUUUUUACUUGAUUUACACAUAAUAUCUCCUAUUAGAUAGUUUUUAAUGAAAAUUUAAUAAUGA